AUGCUCAAGAAUAAAGCCAUCUCCCCUGACUCGGGGAGUGGCCACUCCAGAGGCAGGCCUGCUUUCAACUCCUUGAACCUGAUCACAGGGGGUUCCCAGCCCAGUGAAGCUAUGACGCAGGAGCUGUUGACCUGCGUGGCCCCAAGAUCUGCUUCAAGCAGAUUUCCUGCAAUGAGUUGGGUCAAGGAAAGUUUUUCACUGACGCUUGAUUUAUUUUUAAUUUAUUUUAUACGACCACGUUGCCUUCUUCCUUCUUUGGGAGUGCCCAUAACAAAAUACUCCAUGCACGGCCUGAAUGACGAUCAGGGCCCAAUGUGA